GUGUUGGCCAUAUCCCUGCGAGUAGUGGAACAGGCGGGAAUAAGAAAAUAUUUAAUUCCACUCAACGAGGGAGACCGUAUGAUCUCUGCAAAUGAGGAAAAGAUCAGAGCGGUCGGUAGAAUGACAAAUGUCGCUUUCCAGAUAGGAAAAGUCCACGCCUUGGGAGAUGUUGUGGUGUUCAGUGUAACCUCAUACGAUGUGCUUCUCGGACUUCCUGCUCUCAAUGCCCUCCAAGCCAACCUGGACUUCGAGCGACAGGUAGCGGUUCUCAGGAACAUCGGUGGCAACCCAUACACCAUUCCUAUGCGUCUCACCCUCCGCACAACGACAGCAAGAGCCCACGGGUCGUUUAUCCAGUAUAGGAAUCCUCAGAAACCGUGGCUUUGCCACCUGUGCCAUACUGACAAGGUUCCGACGGAGGCUCGAUUCCUAGACGCGACGUCGGAGGGUUUAGAAAAGACCCUACGGUUUAGACGGGCGGAGGUAUGGACAGAUGACGUCCUAAUAGCCACAGUUGUCGGAAAUUCUCUCCGGGAAUUCUCUAAGAAGGAAUGGAGACGGGCCAGUGAGAGGGCAGAGGAUUAUAGGUGGAGCGAAAGGCGGUUGGAGAAAAGAAAAACGGACGGAAGCGGAAUAUGGAUGGUGGUACCGUACCCAUUCGUAAGGAAUGACUGGGUACGGGCUGCACAUGAGGAGACAGCAACGCAUUUCGCUGUCAGGAUUACCGAGGCAGCCAUCGAUAAGCACGAAUGGUACUGGUCCAACAUUCAGGACGAUGUCAAAUUUAUUGUUAAAAAUUGUCCUGUCUGUGCGGCCGACAAGGCGCCGAUUCAACCGCCGAGGUCGAUAAUGCCCACCAUAGUCCAACGGCCGUUUCAGAGGGUUAGCAUGGACACGACGGAUAUCGUCAUGCCCCCUGAACCGAAUAGUUGCGAGUAUUCAAUUCUCUUGGUAUUCAUCGACCACUUUUCGAAGUGGACCGAGGUGUACCCGUGUCGGACAAGACAGACGACGGAAAUAGCAUGGUAUGUCAACCGCUUCCUCGAGAUGGAUCAGGACACCGAGGAGAUCCUUACCGACAACAAAGCGGAAUUCCGAGGGGAGGUCAUGAGGAACCUGGUCGUACAUGGAGUGUCUAUUCGCAAUACAGCCCCUCAUAUGUCUCAGUCGAACGGCCUCGUGGAGAAGGCCAACCGGGUAAUCAAAACGGCACUCCGACGGAAUAUCGCAGCUAAAGACACGCGGCAGUGGCCUGAUAUCGUGGAUCACAUCUUAAUCGAGUUGACGUGGACCCGUGAUAGCGAGCACCGUGCGGUGAACGAAGACGUGGAGCUACUUAUUAUCCAAGCUUCAAGGACCAAAGUGGAAGGAGACCUGCUAGGAUCCGUCUUUGGAACAGUGGCACUCGGGCAUCGGCCGACAAUCGUAGGGGAACUUUUAAUUCCCUUCACGCAGCUGCUAGACGACCUGCCGAUUGACAUCAUCUCGCACUGCGACGAGAAUCCGGCGCCUCACAUUCUAGCGCGGAGUUUGAUGUCGUACCUGCAAUGGUCGGCUUGUUUGGAGGAUCAAUGGGGGAACGGUAGCUACCCGUCAAGCGCAGAGUACCUGAAUCCCGGGGGGAUAACCGACAUUCUCUUCUUUCAACAUAGAAUGAAGUUGGGAGAGGAAGCGGAGGAAGAAGAAGAAGAAGAAGAAGCGGAAGAAGAGGAGGAGGAGACCUUUGAAGAAGAGGAAAACUACAGUGAGUAUAGCGAGCACGAGUCGGGGGCGGUGAGCGAAGAGAGCGAAGAGAGCGAGGAACGCGAAGAAGAAGAAGACGGGGCGGGUGCAGAAGAAGGGGCGGACCAAGCGGAAACACAAGAGGACGAUCCUACAGCUGGGCAACGGAGGGUGGAGAUAGCGGAAGGAAAGCGGCCCUUAGAGCAGUUGGUGGAAGUAGAUCUGCCUAUCCCGGACAAUCCGACCAGAGAUCCCGAGCCGCCGAAGGAAGAAGAUGAGCUCCCUCAUGCAGAGGCAUCGGGCACGCCGGCGUGGAGGCGACGAAGCCGCUCCCCCUCCCCUUCCCCCCGUCCCCCAGUUUGAGCACGUCCCGAUGCGGGGCAUCGGGCUUCGUCCCCGGUCAUUAUCCCGCCGUCCCCUUGACU